AUGGCUGCUCCUCAAGGUCGGGUGAAACACACCGCUAUUGUCCGAUUGUGUCUCCACGCCUCUCAUGCUCUGGGGUUUCAAAAGACCUACAACCUCCCCUUGUUCAUCAUUUUUGCUGGCGCCAUGGUCGGCUUUGUGCUAGCCAGGUUCCAGUAUCUCGAUAUCGCUAACAAUUUCUCAAAGAACUCUGCUCCAGGAGAGUGGUACUGGCAUCGACAAGGACAUUAUCGUAUCGGUAUCACCCUCCACCUUGCCACAUGCCUCCCCGCAGGGUUCCUCAUGGUGUGGCAGUUCGUGCCAGUUAUCCGUCACAAAUUCCUGCUCUUCCACCGUAUUAACGGCUACAUUGUCAUCAUCCUUUUACUGCUUUCUAAUGUGGGCGGCCUGAUGAUCGUUCGGCGCACAUUCGGUGGUAGUGUGGCCACUCAAUCUGCAACUGGAACAUUAGCUAUAUUGGUGUCCUGUGGAUUGGCAAUGGCUUGGUGGAACAUCAAAUGCCUCCAGAUUGACCAGCAUCGCAAGUGGAUGCUGAGGACAAUGUUCUAUUGUGGAGCCAUUGUCACCACGAGGUUCAUCCUGGCACUCAGCGCACUGAGUUUGACAGCUAUCGGGAGUUAUUUUGCCGUCAAGAGUUGCGAUGAACUCCGCUUCAUGAUUAGCGAGAAAAAGAUUGCGGAGAGAUAUCCCACCUGCUUGGUUCCUUUCAACCAGUCAUCUAUCGGGGCCGCCGGCUACGCGGUCGUAAAAGCAGAUUACAACGCAGGAAAAGAAUCUAUUGCAGCUGCACUGAACUUGAGCUUCGGCACUGCUGUUUGGCUCGCAAUAUUUCUGCACCUUGUCGGGAUUGAGAUUUACAUUCAUCUUACUCCAGCGGAGAGCAGCCGGCUUCGGCAAAUCAGCUAUGAAAAACAAAUCGAAGCUGGAAUGAGUAACCCAGGGAGUGCUGGAUUGACUGCUGAUCGGUUUGGCGACGCUCCAAAAUACCGGACGUAG